AUGCCGAUCGGCAUCCGCAUCAUCGAGACGGGCAAUAUCAGGAUCCGUCCGAGCCAGAUGACCCAGCCUCCCGGAAAUGUUCUUGUCCGCCGUCUACGGUUUCUCUCUGACAGGCGAUGGACAGAACCCAUCCCGAUUUUUGCCUUUGUAAUGACCCAUUCAGAGGGAAUCUUUCUCUUUGAUCUGGGCGAAACGCCGCGGUGCGUUCACCCCGGAUACUACCCCUGGUGGCAGAUUGGACACCAUUGCGUGUCCGUGGACAUCAAGGAGAGCCAGGGCCUUGGCUCUCAGCUCAGAGAACAAGGCAUCAACCCCAAAACCGACAUCAAAGCCGCUGUCAUGUCUCACCUACACGGCGACCAUGCUGGUGGUCUGCCCGACGUCCACGGAAUGACCGACAUCUUCGUCAGCCAAAGCCACUGGGACGCAUUUCAGAGCCCAAUAUAUGCGACAUUGGAAGGCGCAAACCCGGCAGCGUGGCCGGAAGACUUCUCGCCCUCUAUAUUACAGCCCACAGGACCUGCGAUAGGUCCAUGGACCUUCAGCUACCCUGUUACCAAGGACCAAAAGAUACUCGCUGUCGACACACCAGGCCAUGUGCCUGGUCACAUCUCCUUGAUCGUCAUCGAUGAUGACGUUACCUACUUCCUGGUUGGGGAUGCCGCGUACAGUCUGGAGUUGUUGGAUAGUGAGUCUAUUGACGGCAUCAACUGUGAUCCAUAUGUUGCCCUCGAGUCCCAAAGGAAAAUCAAGGAGUUUUGCAGCUGUAGGAAUGUCGUCGUCCUCCCAUCACACGAGUACGAUUCCGUACGCCGAUUGGAAGAAAAACAGGUUUACCGACCGAGCGAGAGAUCGAGGGGGUAA